AUCUACCAAAAAAAAAAAAAAAAAUCACCACCAUUCAAUAAAUAUAUAUAUGUAUAUAUAUAUAUAUAUAUAUAUAUGCUGCCAAAAAAUACCAGCGCACAUCUUGAAAACCACCUCAUUUUCUUCCUUCACAAAACUUCAAACUGAAACAGUGCAUAUUAUAAUUAUCUCCUUCAGCUUCGAAACAUUCUCAACCUCUCAAGCCAAUGGCCGAAACAAAGACCAACCCUGGACCCGGUUCGCCUGAACAGGCCUCAUCAUCAUGGCCCUUCACUGUUUUUCUCUUCUCCGUCGUUCCCGUUGUGGCAGCUCUGCUUCUCUACCGACUUGACUCGUUCGACCCGGCUCCUAUUCCCCACCACGACUUGGAUGGCCCCCUCAUUGCCGCUCCAACCCGUAACGACAGAUUGCUCCAGGGGUCGGAGUUUGUGGGAGCCGGGUCUUUGGCUGCACCGGAAGAUAUCGCUUACAAUUCCAAGUCGGGUCUGAUUUAUACGGGUUGUGUAGACGGGUGGAUCAAGCGAGUCACGGUGAACGAGUCGGCUGCUGACUGCUUGGUGGAGAAUUGGGUUAACACGGGAGGCCGGCCGCUUGGACUCGCUCAUGGGCUUCACAAUGAGGUUAUCGUAGCCGAUUCAGAAAAGGGGCUACUAAGCAUAAAUGAAGAAGGGGUGGUAGAGCUGUUGACAGAUGAAGCGGAGGGUGUAAAAUUCAAGUUGACGGACUGCGUGGAUAUAGCAAAAGAUGGUAUGAUUUACUUCACGGAUGCUUCACAUAAAUACAGUUUGAAAGAUUUCAUAUGGGAUAUUUUGGAGGGUAAGCCCAAUGGUAGAUUGCUCAGCUACGACCCAAACACAAAACAAACAAAAGUGCUGGUCUCUGACCUUUACUUUGCUAAUGGGAUUGUAGUUUCACCCGACCAGAAUUACGUCAUCUUCUGCGAAACCCCUAUGAGAAGAUGUAGAAAGUAUCAUAUAAAAGGAAAGAAUAAAGGAAGUGUUGAGAAAUUCAUUGAUCAUUUGCCGGGAAUGCCUGAUAACAUCCGUUAUGAUGGUGAAGGACUUUACUGGGUUGCCUUGGUUACGGAAGCUACCUGGAUGUGGGAUUUGGCUUUUCGAUAUCCUUUCAUUCGAAAAGGUUUGGGGAUCGUGGAGAGAUACAUAGGUCGACCACGUAUGGAGAAGAAUUCUGGAGUUUUUGCGUUUGAUUUGGAAGGAAAACCUGUUGCACAUUAUUAUGAUCCUGGUUUGUCAUUGCUUUCAACUGGGAUUAAGAUCGGAAAUCAUCUCUACUUUGGCUCCAUUGUCUAUCCUUACAUUAUUCGCCUCGAUCUAAAUCAGCAUUCUGCAAAAGCCACUUCAUGAUGAUGAUGAUGAUGAUGGGCGGUUCGAAUACCUCCGAAUAGGACUCAAUUGUAUAUUUUUCUAGUUAAUAACGUUCUAUAUCUAUGUUUGGAAUAUUAUUGAAGCAAUCACAAAAUAAGCUUAUCGAUAUGCAGGUAAUUUUCAACGAAACUAAUGGAAAAUCAAAUUUGGCUUUUGUAUUUAUUGUAAAUUGUCUUCUAUGAAAACUUGUAAAUGAUUACAUAUAGAGCAUGUUUAUUUGUUAAUA